CCUGGCCUAUAACCCCACACUGAAGGCGAUGGUGUGGUGUGCCUAUAGGUCUUUCCAGGGUUUGUCCUGUGUAUGAACUUUUUCGGUGUCGUUAGAGGGAGGGGUUUUGAAUGCUCGGACAGACUAGAAGACCAGCUAACUAGCGGAGUGUGAACAGAACAUCUUAUUUUCAAGUAUUCAAAAUGGCUUUGGAGCUCUACUUGGACCUUUACUCACAGCCCUGCAGAUCAGUGUACAUCUUUGCGAAGAGAAACAAUAUCAAAUUUGACUUUAAAAAGAUUUCGCUGUAUGGAGGGGAGCAGUAUGCAGAGGAAUUUGGGAAAAUCAACAUGAUCAGGAAAGCCCCUGCUAUGCGCGAUGGGGACUUCUGUUUGGCUGAAAGUACAAAGAGUCUAUUUAACUACAGCAUCCGCUCAGGAAAACAUGAAUUUCCCGUGAUUUGUGGUAGCCUAGCUCUGUCAAUUGCACUUCCACAGUUUCCACAGAAACCUUCACUUAGCAUUGCAAUCAUGACGUACUUGUCAGAAAAGUUCCAAACUCCAGACCACUGGUAUCCCGCCAAUAUUCACAAGCGUGCGCGUGUAAAUGAGUACCUCUCUUGGCAACACACAGCUAUACGGAUGCAGGGCUCCAAAGUGUUCUGGCUCAGGCUCUUGAUUCCCAAAAUGUUAGGAGAGGAAGUGCCUAAAGAAAAAAUGGCUGCAGCUUUGGAAGAUCUUGAUGGGUCUCUUAAACUUAUUGAGGAGAAGUUCCUUGAAGAGAGACCUUUCGUAGCUGGAGACGAAAUCUCCCUGGCUGAUCUUGUCGCUAUUGUGGAGGUCAUGCAGCCUGUGGGAUCUGGUCUGAACGUGUUUGAGGGUAGACCCAAACUGAGUGCCUGGAGGGACAGAGUACGGGCAGCGAUUGGUCCAGAGCUCUUUGAUGAGACUCAUCAGAUCAUUCUCAAUGCCCAGGAGAUGGUGAACACCAUGGAUGGCAGCACGCUUCAGGCCUUCAAACCCAAGAUCCUCAGACUGUUCUUGUGAAUCAGGGCCGUUGUAAAACUGGCAGUGUCGGUUAAACUUCAUGUAUUAAAAAAAUGAUUGGUUUUUACAGUAGCCCAUUACAAAUGACAGUAAUCCUGCAUGCUCCCAUGUAACAAGACCUCAGAUGGAAUCAGCCUUACAAUGAAGCUGCUUUAUUCACUUCUUUGCGUAACCCUACAGUAUACUUUUGUAUGAGGUUGACGUCCAUGUAUCUGUUGUGUCUGUGGCCAAAUAUAAUGUACACUUUUGAAUUAUGAACCAUUAAAGAACACUUUAAAAGCUGAAA